AUGCUUCAAAUGGGCAUCAUCCGUCAGUCUGAAAGCCCAUGGGCCUCACCCCUCCACAUGGUUCCAAAGGCCGCCACUGGUGACUGGCGCCCCUGCGGUGAUUACAGGGCCCUGAACAACGUUACUGUCCCGGACCGCUAUCCUGUCCCACAUCUUCAGGAUUUUGCCGGUGUCCUUUUCAGCAAGUCUGUAUUCUCGAAAAUCGAUCUGGUCCGUGCUUUCCACCAAAUUCUUAUAGCCCCAGAAGACGUUUCGAGGACGGCCGUUACCACCCCCUUUGGCCUCUUUGAGUUCCUGCGCAUGCCGUUUGGACUUCGCAACGCCUCCCAGACCUUCCAAAGAUUUGUAGACAGAGUGCUUCGCGGCCUACCAUUUGUCUACGCCUAUAUCGACGACCUUCUGGUAGCCAGCUCCACUGCCGAAGAACACAUGGAACAUCUUACAACGGUGUUUGACCGCCUUCAACAAUAUGGCGUUGUUCUCAACCCGUCCAAGUGCGUCUUCGGUGUGCCCUCCCUAGAAUUUCUCGGUCAUCUGGUCGACUCCCACGGCAUUCGGCCUCUUCCCUCAAAGGUUGCCGCCAUUCGGGACUUUCCAUCCCCUACCUCGAAGCGUCAGUUGCAACGGUUUCUUGGUAUGGCGAACUUUUAUCGCCGGUUCCUACCGAACUGUGCUGAUCUCAUGUUGCCGCUCACCAACAUGCUUUCUGGUCCCCUCGAGCUGACUGGUGAAGCACUGACUGCUUUUGAGAGCAUCAAGAAUUCCCUUGCUGAUGCCACCUUACUCACACAUCACGCUCCCGAAGCUCAGCUGUCUCUGAUGGUAGGUGCUUCGACUGUAGCCGUAGGUGCAGUCCUUCAACAACACCUUGCUGGUUUGACUCAACCACGUGCCUUUUUCUCCAAAAAGCUCUUACCAGCUGAGGCACGCUACAGUACCUUUGGCCGUGAACUACUUGCCAUUUGCCUGGCUUUGAAGCAUUUCCGGCAUUCCCUUGAAGGUCGUGACUUCACCGUUUUCACUGACCACAAACCGCUGAUUUUUGCACUUCGCUCCCACACUGACUAA